AUGUCUCCAGUGAAACAAACAGUCGUUAUGCACAGCUGUUUCAUCUACCUGGCGUAUCUGGUGGUGAUUUCUGCUAUCAUACUGUCAUCAGAAGGAAUUCCAACAAAACGUGAGGCGAAGCGAUCGAACAGAUCAGUGACUGCCUGCGUUGCUGACUCGGCCGUACGACUGGUCCGAUGUGGCUACACAGACGGAUGCAUUUGGGCCGAAUUCCGGUGCGAUGACGUCAUCGAUUGCGAUGAUGGCUCGGACGAAAGCGAGGCAACCUGCAGAGGAGGUUCUGCAUGCGAUGAGAGUCAGGCCCCAGCGUGUCCAAGUCACUCAACGUGCCGAUCGAUAUCAGCGUCGGAAAUCAGACUGGCCCACCAUGUGUGCGACUGCGUUACCCCCUUCACGGGCGCCAACUGCACCGAAAUGAGGACGACAACGGUACAACAAGCGGUAACUGAAGCUACAAAGAAACAGGGGGAAUAUUCCUCCAUUCUCGCUACUGAGUCGACAAGUUCGACAAUGACGUCCGAGUCGCAGGCAUUCACAACACAAGGCACGACAAGCGACACACACAGCGCAGAUUCUUCAACAUCUGCAACGAAAUCGCAAAACACAACACCGUCGGAUUUCACAACAGGGUUCGACACAACUCAUUCACCAGGCGUCAGCACGGUAGCGAUCGAAAAGACAAGCUCACCAAUAGCAGAAGACAUGACAGUCGCAACACAAUCAACCACGGCGACAAUCACGGACCAAGAAGUCAACAAUCCCGGCAGUCUUACUACUCGACACCAAAGCGAUCCGACAACGGACUUUGUCACGCCAAACGACGCUACCAACACAGGUGACGCAAACACGUCAAAUACCGCCACUGUGUCGACAGCCUCGGGCACGUCGUCGGAAUUUCCUUCCACGGAAUCGACACAACGGUCGACAGUCGACAAAGUUCCUCCGACAGGGGUUGGGGCCACAGACAACCCUACGGAACCAGUACCUAGACAGUCGACAGUCAUACCUACGCCUGGCACAACGGCAGCAAUUGACGGACAUGGUCACGCGACACAAACUGUCGACUCAAGCUCAACGCCACAUCCAAAAAGACCCCCUAAUAACGGAAGCAAUGAUUCGCGAAAUCAAAACCCCGGCACGACGCCCAUCUUGGUGGUAGUGUUUGGACUGAUAACUCUCAUCCCCAUGGCAAUAUUCUUCCACUGUCGGGUGAAGAGGAAGGGCUUCAAAAUGUUGACCUCAAAAGCAAAGAAAGAAGACGACAAAGUCGAAUCGGGUGACACGCAAGAGAAUUCCAAACCAAAUCAUCAAAGAAAUAGCAGCAUUUCCUCUAUCAAAUUAAAAGAAAACUCUACAUUAUUGGGAAAUGAACUACCACUGGACGUCAACAUGAACAGGCCUGCACCAAUACCGCCCGCCAUAGUGGUAACUCCGCCCCCUGACGUCACUACCGAGUCAUCCUUGGAGACGCAACGAGCAAAGAAAAAGAAACGCCAUCGCAAGCAGCAACAGACCUUGCCCGAUACCCAAUUUUGGUUCCCGGACGAUGGGGAGACACCGUACUUUGUGACAGAUAAUGACCCUCUACCUGUGUCCCUCGUAUAAUGGCCUCAAAAGCCAUUUACUUUGUAUAGAUCACUUUAAAAUAACAUUCAACCCUUGACUUGUAUUUUUGUACCCCAAAUCAAGAUAU